CUGAAGGGAGCGCGGAGCGGCAGACGUGCUGAUAGUUGUAGGUCCGCUCGGCUCCGUCGAGACGCGAAACACGAACACGAUCGUAGUGAAAAGUUCAAGUGUCGCUCUGGAUACCUGGAUAACCGCCAUCGACGCUGAACCGCAAAACUGGAUUACGUGACUGGAACUGUGUGACCCGGCAGACAUUUCGGGAUACUUUCGCACCACACUCGCCGGUUUCGGAAUUUUCGCGAAAAAGUGGUGUUUUCACGCUGGACUUGUGAUUCAUCGCGUGACUCUCUUCUGUGGAUUAAAGUGACAUCUGUGUCCCAUCAGCGAAACAUGGAAUUAUCGCUUGGGAAUAGUGCAGUGAAUUUCUUCGAAAGUUUAUUUCGUUGAAAUAAGUGUGGAUACUCGACAUGGUGAAAUGAAGAGAUAGUGCAUUUAGUUCUUAGACGACAUUACCAGUCGUGCAGGAUACAGAGUGCUCAUAAGUGCCAUGUAACGAGUCUAAACAAGUGUGUGCUUUAGUUUCUUUUUUGUUUCUGUUAUUUUUCAUUUUUUUUUGAAAAAUAUCUCCACUUUUCCGUCAAGUGAUUGGAAAGUGUUGGAAAAAUUGCGACUCCCGACCACGAAGCAGCAAGAGUGAAGUGAAAUGCAGCAGUGCCGCACCUCCUUCUCCAACUUGUGCUGAGAAUGGGUUUCGCCAUGGGUGCGUGUGCCGCACAGUGUGCGCUGCUGGCCGGCGCGCUGCUGGUGCUGGCCGCCAGCCCCGGGCUCGCCCGCCACGACGCGCCCGACGACUGCUCCUGGGCGGCCGACAACUCCUCCAAGGGCGUCGUCAGCUGUCGCGUCCGCAAGCUGGACGGCGAGGCCACCAACCUGAGCGCGCUGCAGCCCGAGUCCACGUCCCGCCUGCACGUCCACUGCAGCGACGUGCUGCUCUUCGAGUCCUCGGUGCCGCCGCACUUCUUCCAGCGGCUCUCGCUGCUGGAGGAGCUCACCAUCGACAACUGCAAGAUCCUGGAGCUGCCGAGCGGCGCGUUCGAGGGCCUCGCCGCCCUCAAGCACCUCAGCGUGUCCACGCACAACGUCGAGUGGGGGUCCGGGAAGUCGCUGGAGCUGGACUCCGGCAGCCUGGACGGGCUCAAGGAGCUGCAGGUCCUGGACCUGGUGCACAACAACAUCCGCGCCCUGCCCGACGACGCGUUCUGCUCUCUCGCCAACCUGCAGACGCUCAAUCUGUCUCGAAACCACCUCCGCGACUUCGACAAGCUGGGCUUCGCGCCGCGCCGGCUCCGCGAGGUGCUGCUCGGCAGCGGCGACUGCAGCGGCGGCGCCGAGGUGCGCGCGCUCGACUUGUCCUUCAACCACCUCCCCGCCCUGGGCGCCGCCUCGGGCCUCAACCGCCUGCGCCGCCUGCAGCACCUCCACCUGCAGCACAACGACAUCGCCGACGUGGCCGGCGACGCGUUCAAGGGUCUGACUGCGCUCAAAGUGGUCAACAUGUCAUACAACCGGCUGAGCACGCUCAACGAGGGCCUGUUCGCGUCGUCGCGCGAGCUAAGCGAAGUCUACCUGCAGAACAACUCGCUGGCCGAGCUGCCGCGCGGCCUGUUCCACCGCCUGGAGCAGCUCGUCGUCCUGGACCUGUCCAGGAACCUGCUGACGAGCGCCGCCGUCAACGAGAGCACCUUCGCCGGACUCAUCCGGCUCAUCGUGCUCAACUUGGCGCACAACUCGCUCACGCACAUCGACGAGCGCACCUUCAAGGAGCUGUACUUCCUGCAAAUCCUUGACCUGCGCAACAACUCGAUCAGCCACAUCGCUGACAACGCCUUCAUGUCGCUGUACAACCUGCACACCCUCAACCUGGCCGAGAACCGCCUGCACUCCAUCAGCGCACAGCUGUUCAACGGCCUGUUCGUGCUGAGCAAGCUCACGCUCGGCAACAACAUGGUGGCCAACAUCGACGUGCUCGCGUUCCGCAACUGCUCCGACCUCAAGGACCUGGACCUCAGCUCCAACGCGCUGCAGGCCGUGCCCGACGCGCUGCACGAGCUCUCUUUCCUGAAGACGCUCGACUUGGGCGAGAACCAAAUCACCACCUUUAAGAACGGCUCCUUCAAGGGGCUGUCGCAGCUCAACGGCCUGCGGCUCAUCGACAACCAGAUCGGCAACCUGACGAAGGGCAUGUUCUGGGACCUGGACAGCCUGCAGGUACUCAACCUGGCCAAGAACAAGAUCCAGUCGAUUGAGCGGGGCACCUUCGACCGCAACCUGCAGAUCGAGGCCAUCCGCCUGGACGGCAACUAUUUGGUGGACAUCAACGGCGUGUUCCUGACCCUGGCCAGUCUGCUGUGGCUGAAUCUCAGUGAUAACCAUCUAGUGUGGUUUGACUACGCCUUCGUGCCGCCCAACCUCAAAUGGUUAGACAUUCACGGAAACUACAUUGAGAAGCUGGGCAACUACUACGAGUUGCAGGAAGAGCUGCACAUCAAAACUUUGGACGCGAGUCACAACCGCAUCAAAGAAAUCUCGCCAAUGGCGAUCCCCAACAGUGCCGAGCUCGUGUUCAUCAACAACAACCUCAUCUCCAAGGUGGCCGUGAGUACCUUCCUGGGCAAGACUAACCUUGCGCGCGUGGACAUGUACUCCAACGAGCUGACCAAGUUAGACAUCAACGCCAUCAGACUGUCCCCCUGGCCGGCCAACAAGACGCUGCCCGAGUUCUACUUGGGCGGCAACCCUUUCUUCUGCGACUGCUCCAUGGAGUGGCUGCAGAUGAUCAACAACAUGACCCACAUGAGGCAGCACCCGCGCGUCAUGGACCUGGACAACGUCAUGUGCCGCAUGCAGAACCUGCGCGGCCGGCAGCACAUCGCCGCCACCGAGGCGCGCGGCUCCAACUUCUUGUGCACCUACGAGACGCACUGCUUCGCCCUGUGCCACUGCUGCGACUUUGACGCGUGCGACUGCGAGAUGACGUGCCCCCAGAACUGCUCGUGCUAUCACGACCAGGCCUGGACCACCAACGUGGUGGACUGCUCGCGGCAGGGCUCGGACCAGAUCCCCCGGCGGAUCCCGAUGGACGCCACCGAAGUCUACCUGGACGGCAACAACCUCAAGGAGCUCCAGAACCACGUCUUCAUCGGGCGGAAAAACAUGCGGGUGCUGUUCGUCAACUCGAGUCGCAUCGAGAGCAUCCAGAACCGCACGUUCAACGGCCUCAACGCCCUCGAGAUACUGCACCUCGAGGACAACCAGCUGGGCGAGCUGAAGGGUUACGAGUUCGAACACUUGGCGCACCUGCGCGAACUGUACCUGCAGAACAAUGCGAUCGGUCACAUCGGCAACACCACCUUCUCGUCACUGCGCUCCCUGGAGAUCCUGCGCCUAGACGGCAACCACCUGCACAGCUUCCCUGUGUGGCAGCUGUCACUCAACUCGUACCUGGUCGAAGUGUCCCUGGGCAACAACCACUGGUCCUGCCGCUGCAAGUUCCUGCAGGAGCUGCAGGUGUGGGUGGGCGACAACGCGCAGAAGGUGAUCGACGCCACUGACAUAUACUGCUACGUCAACGACACCAAGCCGCCCCAGAAGCGCGAGGUCGACCUCAACAACACGGCCUGCAGCGACUACUACAGCGGCAGCUCCGUCAUCCAGAGCAUCAUGGUGAGCGACUACCUGCCCAUGAUGAUCGUCACCCUGUCCACCUUCCUGCUGCUCAUCGUGGCCAGCCUGCUCAUCUUCAUCUUCCGGGACCCGAUGCGCGUCUGGGUCUACUCCAAGUACGGCGUGCGGCUCUUCCACUUCAAGGCGGCGGCCGCCGGCAAGCUGGGCGGCGAGGACCGCGAGAAGCUGUACGACGGCUACGUCAUCUACUCGCCCAAGGACGAGGAGUUCGUCCUGCAGUCCAUCGUGGCCGAGCUGGAGCACGGCAACCCGUCCUUCCAGCUGUGUCUGCACUACCGCGACCUGCCGCACCAGGUGCACUCGUACAUGCAGAACACGUCCCCGGUCGUGGUCGAGGCCGCCGAGGCCUCCCGCCGCGUCAUCCUCGUCCUGUCGAGGAACUUCAUGGAGACGGAGUGGUCGCGGUUCGAGUUCCGCCAGGCCAUCCACGAGGCCCUCAAGGGCCGCAUCUUCAAGCUGGUGCUCGUCGAGGACGGCAGCUGCAUCCACGAGGCCGAAGGCGACCUCGACCUGCGGCCGUACCUCAAGACGGGCGCCCGAGUGCGCUGGGGUGAGAAGAGGUUCUGGGAGCGGCUGAGGUACGCCAUGCCCUCCGGGGACUCGCACCGGAAGAGCAACUCCAACUACAGGCGGAAUAUCAACACAUACAGCCUGGAGUCGACGGGGAACAACCACCACGUCGUCAACCAUCAUGUGGUCAACGACCACCACGGCUACACCAUCGAGAAGGCCGUGAAGCAGCCGCACCCCGCCAUGCACAUCAACAGCCAUCCGCUGUUCCUGGCGGCGGCCGCCAACAACCACCACCACCACCACGACAACAACCUCGUGCCGCCCGCCUACACGUCCGGGAACACCCUGACGAGGACGAGCGGCCGGCACCAGCGGCCCGCGGCCCCCCUGGGCGGCGCCGCGGACUGUGAGGACGCCAACUACUCGUCGGCGGCCACGGCCACGCCCUCGCCGAGGCCAUUGAACCGGCAUCAGAACGGGUCCGUGCACCGAGAGUCGCCGUCGCCCAACACCAGGCCGACGUCCGAGCACAUCUACUCGUCCAUCGACUCGGACUACCCCACCUUCGAGCGGGCCGGGUCGCGGCGGCAGGCCAACGGCGGCCCGGCCAGCGCGGCCCCAGUGGGCGGGGUCCCCCUCCCCGGAGUGCACCGCCCACCCUGGAGGACGGCCGGGGCCAGUGUGGUGGAGAACGGCGGCGUGCAGGCCUACCUGGUCUGAUGAAGCCCCAACGUGAUAGUGGCCAGUGAUAAUAUUUGUUAUAAUUUCGUUGUUGUAAAGUGAAAAAAUACUUGUGAGAGUGUAUAAAGUGAGUGCAAGUGUGUGAGUGUUCGCGCGUGGAGAAUUGCCAGUCGUCUGUCGGACUAACCACACCAGAGCUCCAUUCAAUUAAAAGGUGAGAACUUUUCCCUUUAAAGCAGUUCCUACUGAUUUCAAAACGAGUUCAGAAAACAAUUAUUUCUUGCUGGUCAGCCAAUGAUUUGGUUACGGCCAUGGUUUAGUUAAAGUCAUUACAAGCUUCAGAAUUGUCUAAUAAUAGCUUCUUUCGCGUGUGAAAAAUGAAUAAAAAAUCAGCUUAAUUUUUAUUGUUCCAAUUCUUAUUUAAAUUUGUUGUAACCAGUUGAUUUUGCUUGCAAUUCCAAGUCUAUUCAUACUGUAUUGUAUACAGUCUGUUGUAUUAUUUAAUUGGUAACCAUGGUUUUGGGGCGUUGUCCAUUGUCUACGGUUAGUUAUUUGACUGGAUCGAUUGGACAAAAAUAAGUACUGAUGUCCUCUAUCGUGUGCAUAAACUGACUGAAAGGUGCUUUUGUAAGAUAUAUAGUUGUACAAAUGUAAAUACUGUGUAAAUCUUGUAAAAAUGUAUAGAAGCUCUCUAUGAAAUGCCGUAGACAAUGGACAAAGCCUUGCUUUAAGUACCAAACUCUGAUAGAGUGAUGUAGCGUGAGCUAGGCUGUACCGCUACAUUAUUUGGACUGACUGCCGCUGUUUCGCGGAUGAGUUAAUAUGUUUUCCAAGCCAUGCCUAGGCCUACUUAAGUUGAUAAUUUGUAAUCAGGCCAAUGAUAUGUGUUAUCAAAACGAAAUGCAGCCAAACGUAUGUAGUCAGUUUAGUCAUUGGCUAUGCGGUGCGAACGCCUCUGUCCAAGACGCAAACGUUAGUUAAUUCCAUUUACCAAAGGAGCAGCCACGCAGAUUUCACGUUUCGAUAUCACUUUGCCGCACGAUAACAAGCCUCUAAUUACCUUUCGAUUUCCCUCCCUUGAUUCUCGGAACGCGACUCCCCGGCAUUUCCAUUUUUAUUACGGGCGACUCGUUAAAUUGUCAAUUGCGAGAGUUAUUCGGCCGCGGCUCUCGCUAAAGAGCCGAUAAGCGCACUGCUGCCGACAUGACGGCUCGCAACUACAAAUACAAAACCGAUAGCCAUCUGGAUUGCAUUGAAUAACACAAUCAAAAUUCAAAACAGUGCGUCUCGUUUAAUUUAAGCCAGCCAAGGCCGAAAUGAGCGGCGGGAAGGCGCGGCGGCGCAGUAGAGUUUGGAGAAAUAUAAAAAGGAAAGAAUAUUAAGUCGAGAAAGAGGAACAGGGAGAAGGAGAGAGAACAAGACGUCCUCUGGGCCCCUCUCGGCUCGCCUCUCGGCCCGGUCGGAAUGCCUGGCCGGACCCAGCCCUGCCUAUAAGGCUGCCAGGUAGUAGCAGCACUCAACCAAAUUAUUCGUUUCACAUCAACAGCAGCCGCGGCAGUGGUGGGAGGCCAGUUGAUGCGCCUUGCAGCGUUCCGGCCGACGCAAUCAGAGCGAGUGUGCGAGAGAGACGGGCUGCUCAGAGUCCCUCUCCCUCGCACACGAGCGCGCGCGAUGUCCGGCAAGCCGGUGCCCGAGGCUGUCUUGGGAAACAGCCCGAGCUGUGUCUCUCAUUACUAAGAGAGAGAGGGAGAGUCCGUCCGGACGCAGCUCAGCUCCCUAGCCGCGCCUCGGGGCCGAGCACGCGAAAUGGAGUUUAUAGUUAAAGUUUUCGUAUUAUAUCCCACCGCCGCCGACGUACCUGACCCAUAUAUCAUUACAUUCUUUAACCCAUACUCUCCUGCGCACCUUUAUCCUUAUCGAUCGGCUCCCAUUGUUGUGUCAUCUUUUCACUCCCUGAUGCUUUUCCGUAAACGCGGGGGACAUUAGACUCCGCCCAUUGUGGUCAGCAGCGACUCCUCAGGCUGACCCGUUCCGAGAACCAAGGCCGCGUCCGGAAACGAUUCCCAUCUCUGUCCCUCUCGUUGGUUUUGCAAUGAGUGGGAGAGAGACAGGGCUCUUGCGCUCAAACGCCACCCAGUCAGGGUGUCCAAGACGCGCGCUCUGCAGGAGGGUUAGGUGUUACUCGUGGCUGCUUCUCCAAAAACGUUGUGUUGACAUUUGUGAUAUGUAGUCCCUGUUCAAAGUAAUGCGUUUGCUAUCUUAAGUCAAAUAUUGGCUGCAUUUAUUUUAGGAUAGACUACAGAAUUUCUGAAACCAUUGACAGAGGCAUUCGGACAGCAAGGUCGUACGUUGCCAAACAGAAAAUAUUUCUGUAUGUUUGUGAUCUAGGUUAUAAUGUUUCGAGUCUGAAAUACGGCUCAUUUUUGUUGUAGAUGUUUUUGCUGCAUUUCAUUUUAUAUAUUUGGCUAACAUGCUUCUAAAAGUUAUCUUUUGUUAAUUUUCUUUGGUAUUGAUUGAAACUGUACCAAGUCUGUACCGAGCCAAAAGGACUUAAAAAAUAAGACUUAGGCCCUGAGCCAAUUAAGAAUGAAAAAAAUUGUUCCAGUCUUUUGUUCUCGAGGGAUUACUUGGCCUGUUUAAAAAGUCAUUGCACUGAUGUGAAUGGGAAAGAAGGCACCAGUGAAUCCGUUUGUGAUUCACUGCAAUUGAUCUAGCCAUAAACGCUUUUAUGUUAUAACCGCCAUGUCUUUGUUAGGAUGUCAAUUUUUAUAGUUAUACCAACGUCGAACUAAAAAUAUUGUGUGUUCACCAUGUGCUGGGUUAGAAAUGUAAAAUCUUGGCCUUGUGAAACCGUGAAAAAAUUUUCACUGAGUAAAUUUUGUGCAUCCCUUCAUGACAUGCCAGCUAUCUGUGAUAUUUAGUGCUAGUAUUUAUUAUUGAAAACAAUUUGUUUCUAUUGUAUUUAGUGUACAUUUUUGUAAAAACAAAUAUAUGAUAUGCAAGCUAUGGUUAAGAGUCUGGAUCCUAAUUUUUGUAACAUGUACCACAGAGGAUUUAAUAAAAUGCUGAGUGUUCACAUUUGAAAA